AUGGCACAGAGUAAAUUAGUAGACAAUGAGAAUUUUCUUCAUAAAACAACCAAUGUAACAGCUUGGAUGAGAGAAGGUAUCGAAAAGUUUAUUGCAGAAAAAGGAUAUGCAAUUGUGCUAUUUGAUAUCGAUUCAGAAAUCAUGACAAGACUUGGAAAGAUUACAAUUAUCAAUACUUUUACGUUAAAAAUGAAAGAUAAGUCGGGAAAUAUAAUUUCAGUAGAUAAUUAUAGUAGUAUAAAUAAGGAAUAUGAUGAUUUAAGUCUUAAAUGGUUAAUAGAUUUUGUCAAAGAGAGGGAAAUGGAAGCGAUACUAAAAUUUGGAGGGAAAGCCCUGGGAACUGAAUCAGAGUCUGCUAGAUCAAAUAAGCAAGUUGAGUUUAAAGUACAAGGAGAGAAGAGAUAUGGAAGUUUGAUGCUUGAAAUUUAUUUCAGUUCCAAUAUUCAAGAUAUGAUCAAAUUUAUCGCAGAGCCACAGUUUCAUGUUUUUUGGAUGGGGCCAACGAUGAAAAAUGAUGGUGGAUCGAUUAGCUUUGAAAAUGUUGUUCUUAGAAAUAUUCAAAGUUCAUCUGAUAGCGUUAGCUUGGAAUAUAAAUGGAGAGAUUGGCCUGAGUACAGUCAAGUUUUUAUGGAGUUUGUCCAAGUUGGAGACAAUCUCAAAAUCAAUCUUAACCAAAAGCAUGUUCCUGUGGAGUUUGUUGAUAAUGUUAAAAACCAUUGGAAUUCGAGAAUUUUCAUGGCUAUUUCAAGCUCAUUUGGAUGCGCUAUUAAGCCAACAUAA